AUGGGAAAGGAAGUCGUGAUAAUCGAUCGUCUUUUAGAAUCUGAUUGCAAAGUUUCUUUGCCUACAGAGGAAGGGAGAAGCACCUUGUCAGAAUUUAAAGAUCAAGUACAGGACUGUGAAGAGCAGAAUUCUCAAAACAGUUCGGAAAUUGGCACUUCACCUUUGAAAUAUGAAUUUUUAACAUUGUCGAAACUGCAGACAAAGAAUACAUCAAAGGUUUUGAUCGACGAAUGUUAUUCUUUUGCAAUAAAACAGUUUGCUUUGUCUUCGCUGAAAGCAUCAGAAGCUCGUUCACUUGCUGGCAAACUUAUCAUCGAUGGAAUCUUAUUUAAUACGGAAACAGUCCCAGAUCCAGUUAUUUGGAUUUCCUGUGAUAGUAGUGAUUACCUGCAUACAUGUUUGUUAGGUAUGUGCAGGACAAAUGAUGGUACUGCGACAUACCAUGUUAGAACAUUGCCAUUAAAUUACACAGGUGCCGUCAAGUUUUUGGAGGAUUACAUGGAACGCUUCUAUGAUUCCUACAGGGCCUCUCCAGACACAGCUUAUUGUACAUAUGAUGUUAUCCCGAAAACAGUUACUACCGAUCGAGACAACCAAAACAGAGUGUCGGGAUUUGUAGAACUUCAUGUAUCAUGGACACUUGCAAAUAUAAAUCGUUUUUCUGAUGGAAUACUUUCCAAACCUAUUCCGUCAGCUUCUGUCGUUGCUAAGAUAUCACCAGGUUGGCUUGAUGUGCGUUUGCCGCAACUUGAUCUGGCUGGUGAAUUGGAACUGGUGCUAACUCUAGGACGUGCACUGCGAACCGGCAAAAUGACUUGGCCAAAUGUGGGUUUUGAUCGAAUGCAUGAGGAUGAGAAGCUUAUAAACUCUGCGUUACAAUCUCUACUUAAUCAAACUUCGACUUUUUCCAGAAAUAAAAAUUUGGAAGAAAAUGUUCCAUUGGAUGUGCCUCAUGAUUUCACAGAAGAACUGUGGCUUAUACUGCAUUAUUGCCAUUCAAAUCAAGAUCUCAUAAAAGCCUUAAGAUAUGUUUUUGAUGCUUUGAAAGCAGGAUAUAAGAAUACCUUGAUACUUACAAAUAAUAGGUGUACGAUGGCACGUUUAUUGCGCGAUGCAUGUGCCAACGACUUGUUGUUACCGCGUUUAGAGGGUCUUACACCAAUACAAAUUUAUUUGGAAAUGGGUCUGGAGCGGUUGCGAAGAGCUUGCAUGGAUGAAUUUUUAAAUAGAGAGUACUUUGGAUCUGUUGCUGAAAUUGAUGCAGUUUUUGAUUGCUGCAUGGGGAAGGAACCGCAGGAUCAGGCCGAUGCACUUUUUCUGUUCUAUAACAGUCUUUUGAUAGUGAAUACAUGUAAGCAAUAUCUUCGAUUGGAUCGUCAUCAUAUAAAUAUCAUUGCAAGGCAAGUUCUUGGGCAAUACAACAAGCUGAACAUAUCUCCUACAACUGACGACAUAACCGAGAAAAUGAUAGAACAAAUGACUUUUACACCUAAUUCCAGGCUGUCAUUUACGGACAUCUUCAAACCUGUGCAUGAAAAUAGAUUUCCGAAAGUUUGGAAAUCAGAAGUUACAGUUGAAACAACUAAUAAACAAGGUUGGAUAGCGCGCUGCAUGAUUUUAUGCUUACGUACUUGCUGGUUACCGUUCAUCAAAAAAACUGAAACUAAUGAUGUUGCAUCCGAGAAACAAGGUCCUGAUGUGAAAAGCAGUGUCGUAGAACUCGAUAGUUCACAGAAAAAUAAGAACCAAACAGUGCUUCAAAGUUCCAUUCCAGAAAAAAUAAUUUUUUGUUCAAGCGACGAAGAAAAAUUAAAACUGGAUACAGCUCUACGUCAUUAUGAGAUCACUGUUGUUACCGGCAGUUUUAUCACACCAUUAUCAAGAUGUUGA